AUGGCCGACGCCAAAGGCCUCUUUGCAGAAUGCGCCUUCGCAUUCGUGCCGUCCGCCUACUUGGCGCCCAAGGAGAUUAGCGACCUUACGGAGAUCGUUAUAGGCCGCGGCGGCGAAGUCCUUGACCCGAGGCGUGACGGCUCAAUACGUCUUGAGCAAGUUACUCACAUAAUCUCCAAUACAAUCGACUUCCCUCAGUUUACAGAAACCCAGGCCUUCAUGAUCCCCGUUGUCGAGUCCAACUGGCUGAAAGCCUCCAUCCACAGGAACAAACAGGCCCAGGUCCGUCCCUACUCGCCCGACCCGCGCAUGUUCUUCUCCAAAAUCAACAUCACCUGCGCCGACCUGCCCGAAAUCGACAAGGAGACAAUCAUCGGGGCGACUCUUGCUAUGGGCGGUAUGGAGACUGCCGACGUCACCCGACAGACCACACACAUCUGCGCGCUGUCUAUGGAGCAUCCCAAAUGUGUCACUGCUAAGGAGAAGGGACUCAAAUGCAAGAUUGUUCUACCCCACUGGUUCGAAGACUGCUUCAAACUAGGCAAGCGCAUCGAUGAGGGCCCCUAUACCUUGCCCGACCCCGAAAUCCUCAAAAACCCCGAGCUGCAAGCCGAAGUGCAAAUGCCCAAGUACGAUCACCUCCAAGGAGCAACGUCUACCAUGCCUAACCAGCUCGUCGAUAGCACACGCAGGGCUGCCACCAUAUUCCAAGGAAAGAGCGUCAUGUUCUCGUGGGACCUUAGUAUCACCCCGAGGUCGUUGGAAAUCGUCAAGCAACUCGUCAUCAACGGAGGCGGCAGAGUGGUCCAGGAUGUUGACGACUGCGACUACUUCGUCUGCCAAUACCGCGACGGCGAACAGUAUAUCAAGGCGGCUCAAUCGGGCAAGGAUGUCGGAAACCUCUCGUGGCUCUACCACCUCAUCACUCACAACGAAUGGACCUCGCCCCUGCGACGGCUACUUCACUACCCUGUCCCCCGAAACGGCAUCGAAGGCUUCGAGGACUUCAAGAUUUGCCUUUCCAAUUACGGUGGCGACGCUCGUAUCUAUCUCGAGAACCUCAUUCGGGCAACUGGCGCCACGUAUACCAAGACGAUGAAGGCCGAGAACACCCAUCUCAUUACUGCCCGCAGCAGUAGCGAAAAGUACGAGGCGGCUAAGGACUGGAACAUCGAAACUGUCAACCACUUAUGGAUCGAGGAGAGCUAUGCCAAGUGCGAGAAGCAGAGUGUUACCGUGGCCAAAUACUCCCAUUUUCCCGUCCGUACGAAUCUUGGCGAGGUUAUCGGCCAGACCUUUUUCGACGAAUCCAGGUUACGAGACACGUACUACCCGGGUGGAGAGGAGCAUUUGUCCCCCGGUGCCAAGCGUAAGCGCAGAAUUCUCGAAGCCGCCCAGGACAACUCGUACAACUACGGCCCUGCCGAGGGUGUCGUUAUUGGGAGGCAAGAGGAGAAGGACGACGGAACCAAGGACGAUGCGGUCGACGACAGCUUUAUGACGCCUAUUCGUCCCAAGAAAGGUGCUGCCCGCGGCAAGGAGAACGACACGCCCUCCGUUAUGUCCACAGGAAGCGCAAGAAGUGCCAAGAGCAAGGCGCUCACCAACCUUCAACGCAUCGCACCAGACAUUGCCCUAUACGAGAAGGAAAAGAAGCGGGGAGCCAAGCAGGGCGGCCCCUGGGGCGGCAAGCGUGCUGCGGACCAAAUUGAUAAGGAGCGGGGACGGACGUCAAGCCCAGCGCAGGCGGAUGACGGCGACGACGAUAGCGACAAGGACGACGACGAGAGACGCCCGACGAAGAAGCGGAAAUCGGCAGGUCCAGAGGUCGAAAUGAGGGUUGUAUUGACCGGAUUUACGAGAUGGGUCAACAACAAGCACAGGGAGGAUGUUGAAAGGCGUAAGCUUCGCGAUAUGGGCAUCCUCAUAGUCCAGGACGACAAGCCCUCCGACUACCUCGCCGCCCCGCACAUGGUGCGGACAGUCAAGUUCCUCAAGACCUUGGCCAAGGGGCCUACGAUUCUCUCGUCCAAGUUCAUCGACGAAGCGCUCGAUAAGGGUGAAGCUCCUGACCCCGAAGACUUCCUUCUCGACGAUAAAGAAAACGAGAAGAAGUUCGGAGUCAAGAUAGAGACGGCUGUCUCCCGGGCUAGGGCGAAUCUCGGCAAACUCCUGUGGACCGUACCGGUUUACUGUACCGAGCACAUCAGCAACGGCCCCGACAGCUACAAGGCUAUCGCAGAGGCCAACGGCGCAAUGUUCAAGCUCUACCGCGCACGCAGCGGCACCACCAUCAAGCCCACGACCGCUGAGGAAGAUGGCGGCGCCGCGCCUGAACCCGUCUAUCUGCUAAGCUCCAACAGUCUGCAGGAGCGCGCCCUUUGGCCCAAGUUUGAGGAGAUGGCCCGCAAAGGUCACAUGGAGCCUCGUAUAGUCGCCGCCGACUGGCUUCUCGAUGUGGCCAUGACCCAACAGGUGACGUUUGACGAGAAGUACCUCGUCAAGAACUUUUUCGAAAAGUCAUGA